ACCUUCGACGAAUCUCCGCGAAAAAAUAUCGGAAGUUUAUCAUUAUCUGUUAUUAAAUGGUGGAGUAUCGUGACAGGUUUGAGGCGUCACGCUAUAAAUAUUUUUUGUGUUGUUAUCGACCCCUAUCAUUAGCUGGAAAUUGUAAAUAUUUAUACCGGGAGUCAGAGCUGUAGAUAUAGAUCUUUUCUAUUCAUCGUGAGACUUGUUGAACAGUUCAAAAUGAGGGUAAAAUUGGUUGUUUUGGCCAUCGUUUUUCUGCAAGUGCUGUAUGCAGAAGAGCUACCUUCGGGUUUUAAAAGGUGUAGCUCGAAAGACACAGUUUGCCUGAAGGAAGCUAUUGAGGAUGCAUUGCCCAAACUCGCUGAUGGCAUCAAGGAGUUGGGUGUUCCACCCUUGGAACCCAUCAGGGUGUCCAAACUGACAGUGGGUGCUGGUAACAUUGUUAAACUGGUCCAGAAUUACGAGAAAAUUGACAUAACUGGACUGUCCCAGUCGAAAUUGAGCGAUCUGAGUUUUGAUUUGGAUAAAGGAAAGAUCGCCUUUAGUUUGAAAUGUCCAAAGGUGGAUUUUAACGGUUUUUAUGUUGUCAGGGGUAAAAUACUGAUACUGGAUGUUUUUGGUAAGGGGAAAUGCAACAUUAGAUUAGAUAAUCUCACUGGGAAAGUGAACAUGGAUGUCCAGAAAAAGGAGAAGAAUGGUAUGACAUAUCUUAAAGUCACAAAGUUCACGUUAGACGCUGAACCCAGUAAUGUCCAUUUCCAAUUCGACAAUCUCUUCGAUGGUAAUAAACAGUUGGGCGAUAAUAUCAAUAAUGUGUUGAACGACAACUGGAAGGAAAUAUAUGACGAAUUGAAGUACGACUACUUGAAUGCCAUCGCCAGGUAUACGAUGAGAUUGUCCAACAAGUUGUUCGAGAAGAUACCCAUGAAAUUUAUUUUUCUGGAUUUUCCGUAUGACAAGUUUGUACAUAAAAUGGUGUGGGUCAAGUUAUGUAUCUUAACGCUUUCUGUUCUGCAAGUAGUUUCUCCAGACCAACUACCUCCAGAUUUCAAGAGAUGCAGCUCGAAAGACACAGCAUGUCUGAAGGAAGCCAUUAAUGACUCCUUACCAAAACUCGCAAAUGGCAUCAAAGAGCUUGGCGUCCCUGCCUUAGAUCCCAUCAGGGUGACCAAUUUCAGCGUCAAAGCUGGCAGGGCUGUGCAGUUGACUCAGAACUAUGAAAAUGUGGAAUUUUCAGGUUUGUCUGACACGAAGCUGUCAGAUUUUAGCAUGGAUCUGGAUAAAGGGAAAAUUUCCAUAGAGAGUUAUUGGCCUCUGACUGAGUUCAAGGGCUUGUAUAAUCUGAGAGGUAGACUGCUGCUACUAGAAGUCUAUGGCAAAGGACCAUUCUCGGUAAAAUAUGAGAAAAUCCAGGGUAGAAUCAACAUGGACGUAGAGAAAUACACCAAAAACGGCGACACUUACCUCAAAGUCACAAAAUUGACGAUAGACGCUGAACCCCAACGCGUCUACUUCAAAUUCGACAAUCUUUUCGACGGCAACAAACUGCUGGGCGACAACAUCAAUAGGGUCUUGAAUGAUAAUUGGAAAGAGAUAUACGAUGACGUGAUAAACGACUAUUUGAAAGCUGUAUCGAGGUACUUGAUGAGACUUGCGAACAAGUUGUUCCAGAAAGUACCACUGAAAGAUAUCUUUCUUGAUUAGAACGUAAAUUGUCGAUUUAUCGAAAUAAAAUAUGGAAGAAAA